GUAUCUUUAACAAAACAUUGUAUUAUUUACAUAUAGAAAAUAUAACUGUUUUGAACUUAUAAUCCUUCUAAAAAAUAUUUUAUAGAUAAAUAAUCUUAUUAAACAGAACUUUUCUGAAUGGAAUAGUUUUAACUUUUUCUAAAAUAAGCCAUUCUAUCGAAGUAAAUUCUUCUUGAAGACAUUUUUCUGUAAUAUAUCUCUCAGAAAUAAAUUUUUAUCCUAAUAAUUUUUUAAUACUAAAUCGUUUUAUUCGAAAACAUCUUCUUAAGGAAAUCAUUUAUGAAACAAACGAAAAAAAGUGUAUGAAAUACGCAGUAACUUAAAUUCAAUAGAAUAAGAAUCCAGAGUAAAAUAAAUGGCAAUUAGGAGUAAUAUUUUCGAAUACUAAUAGGCUUUAACUUAAAAGGCAAAAAUGCAUAUUAUAAACCUCCGCUGGCCGUUCAUGUUUUACAGCAUAUUCCUUCCACUUUAUGUAGCUGAAUCUUUCGUUUUGGAAGGAUCUCCUACAUCAUAUGCUCAAUUCAAGCGGUGGUAUGCUGGCAUUAUGGAUUCCUUAUCGUUCGAAUUCAAAACCGCGGAGCCAAAUGGUUUACUUCUUUAUUUAGAUGAUGGUGGAAUUAGUGACUUCUUUAUGCUGAAGCUUGUCGACGGCGUGUUGAGAUUUCGGUUCAAUUUAGGAGGUGGCGCCAUGCUAACCCAUGCUGGACGAAAUCUUCAGGAUGAUCAGUGGCACAGAGUAGAAAUCACUCGAAACAUUGAAGAUACUCUCAUUCGCAUUGAUGAAGAAAUCCAAAGUAAAGUUACAAAAGGCACAGAUUACCUUUUUGGUAAUUACUCCAGCAACAGUUUUGUCUAUAUUGGCGGGAUUCCCAGUUGGUACAGCGCCAAAUUGACUCAAAUGUCGUACCCAUCUGUCUUUUUUGAACCCCACUUUAAGGGUUCGGUUCGAAAUGUCAUGUAUGCCAAUGAAGAGGGACCUCACCGCCAGCAAGACAUCAUCGAGUUUAAAGGAAUCCGAUCGAACGAAUUGGAUGCUUGCAAACACCAUGAUCCUUGUCUUCAUGAAGGAAUCUGCAUUAGCACCGACAGUGGAGCAAUCUGUGACUGUGGAACAAGUGAUUACGAUGGAAAUUUUUGCGAAAAAGAACGAGCACCAGCCGAAGCUACUUUUCGUGGUUCAGAAUAUCUAGCAUUCAACCUCCUGUCUUUGAACUCAGAGCCAAUCCUGAGCUUCAGCGAUCAAAUCUCACUGUUCUUCAAAUCCCGUCAACCCAGCGGUUUACUUCUAUACACCGGAAGAGGUGAGGACCACUUAUUGCUAGCCCUGAGAGACGGUGGAAUCAUUUUAGUAAUUCAUCUGGGUUCGAGUUCAGUAGAGAAAGUGCUGAAGCCAGCUAAAGUGAGAUUUGAUGAUAAUCAGUGGCAUAAGGUGCUCGUCCAUCGAAAAGUCAGAGAAAUUACUAGAGCGACCAGCUUUUGCCACUUUUCCAUCACCGUGGACGGCGUGUACACCGAAAGAGGGUCGACAGCUGGAACCUUUAAUCUUCUGUCCAGUAGCGUGCUCUACGUGGGAGGGCUUGAUCAAGCAGCCGGACAUCAAGGUGCUCGGCAACAUUCCAACUUAGUGGGAUGCGUUAAGAAGGUGGAAUUUGUAGCAGAUAGCCUGCGAUUGGAAUUGAUUGAGCUUGGAAGAACAGGCAACAAAUUAAUACAGCAGCAAGGGAAUGUACAGUACUUGUGCCAAGAAGUAGAAGCUGCUGAUCCGAUUACAUUCACUAACAAGGAAUCUUUUCUGGCCUUACCUAGCUGGGAUGCUGCUAGAAGUGGAAGCAUCGCAUUUAAAUUAAGAACUAAUGAAGCUAACGGAGUGCUUAUGUACAACACGGGUACAACUGCUCAAGGAGAUUUCUUUGCCUUUGAAUUACUUGAUGGACACGUUUUUCUAUUGCUCAACUUAGGCUCUGGAGCUGUUAAGGUCAAAGCUACAACAAGGAGAGUGGAUGAUGGUCAGUGGCAUUCAGUUUCCUUAAAAAGAUCAGGAAAAUCUGGAAGAGUGACUGUAGAUGAAUCCGCUGUUGAUUUUAUUACACCAGGAAACUCCAAUCAACUGGAUCUUGAGGGUCCACUUUAUGUGGGUGGAGUUGGAACCAGCGCUCAGGGUGUCCUGAUACCCAGUGAAUUAUGGUCCGGAAGUCUUCGAUACGGCUAUGUUGGAUGCAUGAAAGAUUUAGUCAUAAACGGACGAGCUGUUGACAUUGCUGAAGUAAGCCAAAAGCAGGACUCAGGAAGUAUCCGACCAGCAUGCCAUACUCCGACUCCGCAAUGUGACAGUCAACCUUGUUUGAAUAAUGGACUCUGCUUAGAAGGAUGGAAUCAUUUCACGUGUGAUUGUUCUCAUACGAGCUUCUCUGGAACAGUGUGUGCAAAAGAUGCAACUACUCUAAGUUUCGAUGGUACACAAUAUAUGAAGAUUACAAUGACAGAAUUGCCCACUCAGGCAGAGGACAUACGCCUACGCAUGAAGACAACCAGACCCAGUGGAUUGCUAUUUGCCACGUCGUCCGAAAAGUCCUCCACAUCUUUGUCCGCUGCUCUUGAAGCGGGCAGGUUCAAACUCGUCCUCAAUCUUGGUGAUGGAAACAAAGUAUUCUUUGUAGGCCAAGGAUUAAAUGAUGAUCAAUGGCACACACUUCAUGUGACUCGUCGAGGCCAAAGCAUGGAUGUUAAAGUUGAUUCUGAAGCCACUUCCAGAGAACUCAGCGGUCAAAAUAUCAAUCUGGAUUUUCAAACUCUUUAUAUUGGAGCAAUGGGGACCGAGCGACCCCCUGCAUCGUUGAUCUCAUCAACAUCGAACAAGGAUGUUCCUAAUUUUGUUGGACACAUGCAACAUUUCAUUUUCAACGGUCAGCAUUUCUUUGACAUGGCUCGCAGUGGACAAAUGACUAAUUUCAAGGUAACAGCGAAAUUUGGUAAAAAGGACGAAAUCGUCCAUCAUCCUGUUACAUUUAAAUCGAAGUUCACCUUCAUUGGCCUUUCCCAAUUAAAAGCAUACUCAUCUAUGAACUUAUACUUCCAAUUCAAGACUUUAGAACCAAAUGGUCUCAUCUUGUUCAAUGGGGGCAAAGGACAAGAUUUCAUCGUUAUUGAACUCGUAGAUGGUCAUCUGCAUUAUAUUUUCAAUUUAGGAGAUGGUCCCCGAAAAGUGAGGUCAAAUACAAGAUCAACUUUAAAUGAUAAUCAUUGGCAUGCUGUGACAAUCGGGAGACCAUCCGUUAAACAGCAUACCUUGAUGGUAGACGACAUGAUUGCAACAGUUGCAAGUACAGGAUCUAAUGUUCACCUAGAUCUUGACGGUCUGUUGUAUUUGGGUGGAGUUCGAAGAAUUUCUUACUCAUCUCUUCCUAAAUUAGUUCAAUCAAAACAUGGAUUUGAAGGAUGUCUCGCUUCUUUAGAUCUUAACGGAGAAACUGUUGAUCCCAUUAAAGACGCUGUAGUACCUAGUACUUUGGUGUCUUCAGGAUGUGCUGGUCCUGUUACCAAAUGCAGUACAACAGCAUGUGCGAAUAGAGGUAUCUGUGUCCAGAUGUGGAACAGUUACACCUGUGACUGUGAUAUGACAUCUUAUACAGGACCGACAUGUUCGGACGAAAGCAUUUCGUACAAGUUUGGUGCUAAAGGGGGUCUGAUCACUUUCACUUACCCAACAGAUAAAAGACCCGACACCAAAAGUGACUUGUUAGCUCUCGGAUUUAUGAGUUCGACGGACAAUGCAGUUCUAGUUAGAAUAGACAGUGGUAGUAGCAACGACUACAUGGAACUUGAAAUCGUUGAUGGGAAUGUCUUUAUGGUCUACAAUAUGGGUACCGAAGACCAUCCUAUUGGCGAGCUUAGCGUAAACGUUAAUGACCAGCAAUAUCACGUGGUGCGUUUUACGCGGUCUGGUCCGAACUCGACCAUACAAAUAGAUGACCAUAAUGUGAGAACUAAACAACCGACAGGUCGUCAACAUACUAUUUUCAACAGUCAUUCAAAGAUCCAAAUUGGAGGAAAACUCAAUACAAUAAAAAAUAAAAUAGAUAGACCAUUCCAAGGAGUGAUAUCUGGUUUGGUAUUUGGUGGUAACAGGAUUUUGGAUAUGGCAGCUGAAGAUGAUCCGAGGCUAGCCUUACAAGGAGACGUGGAAUUAUUAAUCGUCAUGCCUCCUGAGGGACACACUCCUUCUCCAGAUGAAGAAAAAUCUGUUACCCCUGAUGCUUCAGAACCUACAGAAGAAUUAGAUUUUUCUGGAGCAGGUUCAGGCUGUUAUGAUGAUGAAGAUGAUUGCGAGGCUUCCAACAACGAGAAACAUGAAGAACUGAUCACUCCAGAAAUCGUGUCACCAACGCCGGUGAACUAUCACCCCUCUCACCAUGAGGAUUCACACGAAGAUGAUGAAGAUGAUAUCGAUAUCGGGUCCGGCAUAUCUGAAGGUGAAGCCGGACAACCUGAGGAUAUCUUGCUAACGUACCCCACUCACAUACCGCCGUUAUACCCGGACUACCGAGUGCCCAUGUCUUCCACAUCCGCACAUCCGCCCAUUGUCAUUGUUUCCUUACCCGAACAACCACACACGAAGACAACUCGGGUACCUGCGGUAGUCUAUGAGGUGCCCAUUCCAGGCCUAGCAGGCCCAGGUUCAAAAGACUAUCAGAGACCGACCCAGAGGACUCGAAGCUCAGCAGACAAUACAGCUUUGGUAAUCGGUGUAAUUGCAGGGCUCCUCAUUGCCAUUGUCCUCAUAGCUCUCAUCGUUUAUAAACUGAGGAACAGAACUGAAGGUUCCUAUAAAGUAGAUGAGAGUAAAAACUAUCAGUAUGGUGCUCAAUUUGGUGUUAUUGCUCCAAAUCCAGCUUUUUUAAACGGUCCACCACCUCAUAUUAACGGCUUAAGCAAGGCGCAUCCAGAAAAAACUCCCAAAAAGAAGAAAGGUGGCAAAGAUUUAAAAGAGUGGUAUGUUUAAUGGUGGUGAAUAUGAUCAAUAUGCUUAUUUUAUGCCUUUCUGCGAAAAGGCUCUCAAAAAAACUAAUAUUUUUAAAGUUGAUGAAGAGUAAUGGAUGCCAUACACUCUGGCAAAGAUCGUGCAUCUGAACUGAAAACAAUCAUUUGUCAGAAUUUGCUGCCGUUAAACUUAUUUGUUGGUGGGAAUCUUUUUCAUUUGCACUUAACGACGAUUUUGUUGUUCUUGAGAAUGUUGUUAUUAUGACAAGUACAGAUACAAUCUCUUGCUUGAAGAAUAAAUCCUUAUAUAUGAAUGUAACGCAAAUUCCCAUUCUAAUAUUCCUUUUUUUUAUAAAGAAACUGUUACAUUAUCCUGAUUUUUUUUUCACCACUGAAGAAGUUCCUUAACACCAACCUGUUUUCAAGUUUUAGUUUUCAAAUAUUAUUUGAUCAGUUUAUUGUUUUAAAAAUUAUUAAUUAAUAAUUUUUAUU